AUGAAGAAACUGAGGCAACGUCUGGCGGACGCGAAGGCCUUCGAUUCCAGAUUCAAGCGUGCGCUCAGGUGUCAAAAGCCGGUGGUCGACAUUGCAAACGUUGGUCUACUGCACCAGAUACACAUUGGGCGCCAGUAUUCCUCACAUCUUGUCAAUGUCGAAAGUCGCCAAGGCCAUGAGUUGUACACUCGUGCGCUUCAACAGCCUGAAGUCUUGGAUAACAUGCUAGCAUUCACUAGAUGGAACUCUUCGUUGCUCAUCAGCGACGGCAGAGUGGCCGAAGUCAACCGAGCACGUGCUCUUCUGAUUGUGCGAAGGCUCGAUCCGCAGGCGCUCUGCGUCGCGAUCGCAGUCAUCAUGUCGCUCUCCGUGGCUGCCGGCGUCGUCGCAGGCGUGCAGCUGGGCCGCAUCGACUUGGGUCUCGCUAUCUGUAGCUGUUUCGCGGCAAUAUUGUCAUGUAUAGAGGCAUUGUUGAUUUUACUGCAAUGA